CCUAAAUUUUUCCCCAAAUCUAUUACUUCUUCACACGGUUCUGUCUCUCUCUUGCUGUCCCUCUGUCUCUCGCUCAGCCGCUUGUCGAGGCUCAGAUACCGUUCAAGAUCCACAUUGUGAAGGACCACGACAUGAAGGAGAGGCUGUGCUUGGAAGUCGAGAGGCUAGGGUUGAGUGCAGUGAUUAUGGGGAGCCAAGGGUUUGGUGCGAUCAAGAGAGGUAACAAUGGAAGGCUCGGGAGUGUUAGCAAUUACUGUGUUCGUCACUGUGUUUGUCCUGUGGUGGUUGUGAGGUAUCCAGAUGAGAAGGAUGGUGGUAAUGCGCCUCAAGUGUCUGCGGCGUCUGCGGCGGAGGAUGAGGACGAUACGGAGUUCCAUGAUGCCUCGGAUGAUCGCAAAGACUGAUACAUCCCUGGCUAUAGAGGCUAUAUUCAUGAAAAGAUGGGAAUUUGAUAGUAUAGAACAAGCUGCAAAAUGCAUAUCUUCAUGGUUUUCAGGAACACACCAUGAACAGCUUCUCUUGAAAGGAUAUUUGGAAUCUGCCAUAGGUAUACUUUUCUA